AAUGCGUCCAUCUCCUCUCCUAUUAUGCAUGCUUUGCCUUUCAAGUCUCAAUCGGUCACUUCUUUUUGACUCUGUGUCACUGUGUGCCCCUGUGCCCCCCACCUUUCUCCGCCAUGCCGUUUCAGGAAUGAGGAUUUUCUAAUCUUUCUCUCACACACACACAGAGUGAACUCAAUUUGCCUAGUUGCAGAGGCUUGAGGCUUCGCGUAGAGACGAUUUUCUUCAGCUUCUUUCAGGCCAAGUAUACUUCCGAACACUAUCAGAAUACUAGUCUCACAGAGGGGAGAUGCCAGAAAUCCAACUAGGUGCCCACACUAUAAGGUCCCAUGGAGCAAAAGUGGCAAGGAUUCACAUGCAUGAUUGGCUUGUUUUGUUAUUUCUCAUCAUCAUGGAAGUUGUUCUGAAUGUGAUAGAACCAUUCCAUCGCUUUGUCGGGGAGGAAAUGAUGGAAGACCUUAAGUAUCCUUUGCAAGAAAAUACUAUUCCCUUGUGGGCUGUUCCGAUUAUUGCAAUAUUAUUGCCACUUGCAGUCAUACUCAUAUACUACUUUGUUAGAAAGGAUGUUUAUGAUCUGCAUCAAGCCGUACUAGGUCUUCUGUUUUCAGUACUUGUAACAGGAGUCUUAACUGAUGCGAUCAAAGAUGCUGUUGGUCGACCUCGUCCAGACUUCUUCUGGCGCUGCUUCCCUGAUGGCAAAGGGGUUUUUGAUCCUGUCACGAGUAACGUCAUGUGUACUGGAUUGAAAUCCGUUAUUAAAGAAGGACAUAAAAGUUUCCCAAGUGGACACACAUCUUGGUCCUUUGCUGGUCUUGGUUUUCUAUCAUGGUACAUGGCAGGAAAGGUCAGGGUAUUUGAUCAAAGGGGCCAUGUCGCAAAGCUUUGUAUUGUUAUAUUCCCCUUACUUGUUGCAGCCUUAGUUGGUGUCUCACGAGUUGAUGACUAUUGGCAUCAUUGGCAAGAUGUAUUUGCAGGAGGUCUUUUAGGGAUAACAGUUGCAUCAUUUUGUUACUUACAAUUCUUUCCACCACCAUAUGACAUUGACGGUUGGGGGCCUCACAUGUAUUUCCAGAUGUUAUCAGAGUCCAGAAACGACACUCAACCGAGUAAUAUCAAUGGCUUAAAUGUGGCACCAUUGGAGAUUGAAAACGUGCUUAUCCAAUCUCGCAGUGGCAUGGCGGUCUCAGAUGAUAGCAUCCACAAUACCAAUUCAAUCCUGAAUGAAAUGGAGAGAGGAAGAAGACAUUAAUCAAGGUUCGACCAUCUACUUAUCCUUUAAGUUCUGCAGAAUCGUUUAGCUUCUCGUGUGGGUCCCCUAGCUUAGUACCUCGUUAAGAAGAAACUAGCAACUCAUGCACAUAUGUGUCUAGCUUUGUCCGGUAACAUAGUUUCAGAUCCUCUAUUUUUUAGGAAAAUGAAGUACAAUUUGAUUUCGAAGGUCAAACCUAUGACUAUCCAAAUUUCAACCUAAAAGUGAAAACAACUAGAAGAACUUUGGUAGAUUUCUAACAAAAUUCAUGUUGAUUUUUAACCGAUAAUGCAUCGGUUUGACCAAAGAAUUCAAAUUGUACUGAACGUAUGUAUUGUUUGUGCUUUGGAUGUUUUUGUGAUCCCUUAUUUUUAGUUCUAGCAUUCAGCAUUUGGCUCUA